CUAUUACGCUGCUGUCCGCACGGGGCGUGGGCCUGUAGCUCCAUGUGCGUGCACAGUCCGUGGGCAAUAAGCGCAGCUGAGAGGAACACGGUGCGUUGCUCGGAGAACGAAGAUGGGGAUCGCAAAAGAAAAAGGCGAAACAAGCAUCAUAAUGCAUGAAGAUCUGUUCAACAGGUCGAUCGAACCGUUUCUUACAAACAAAGAGAAGUUGUAUACACCGCUACUGGACAGAGACCCUAAUAACCUUAACGCUCACUUAAAGGUCGGCUUUGAUGACGUCAUCGCAGAACCCAGCUCCACGCACAGUUUUGACGGAGUAUGGAUAUGCAGUCAUGCUGGCUUCGAGCUGGUGAAAUAUGUCUUCUACCGGCUUCUCACCACCAUUCUCGCCGUUCCCUUGGCUUUUGUUGGCGGGAUUGUUUUCGGGGUAUUCAGCUGUAUGCAUAUUUGGGUGGUAAUGCCACUGGUCCGGAGUUUCAUGAUGGCAUUGGCCUCCCUCCAGGUGAUCUGGGCCAGCGUGACAGACCUUUUCUUGGCACCCUUCUUCCAUAGCACUGGCAGGUGCCUGUCUUCCAUCACUGUCAAGGCUGCACAUAACUGACGACCAGUGCGUUUUGGACCAGGCACGCUAGGCGCACAGAUGUUCUCUCCAUGCCACAAUCUCUAUGGCUCAAGAGCCCGACAUGGAGGUGUCCAUUUUUUUAUGGAUUUUUAUUUCCAUAUUUACUCUAUCCAUUGCAUUGUUCUGCAGUUGAAAGUAUGUGACUCCUAGUUGAGUGUAUCAAUAGGUAAAAGGCUAUACUCUAGCUACUCUACCUCACCUGGUAGAGCUGGUUGCACAUGAUGUUAGUAGCACCAAAGUUAUGGGUCUGAUUCCCAGUGAGUACAUGUAAUGUCACACUGGGAAAUAUGUAAAGCACUAUGGAUCAGUGUGUUUGUCAAACGCCAUAAAUGUUUAUAUAUAUA